CAACCCAAAACCAAAAUGUGGCGACCGGAGGAUCUGGCAACGGUCGGUGAACUCCUUUUGGAUAUCAGCUCGAACCUUGCUCAAACGUACGGACUGACACUGGAAGAGAUCGAGAAGAGCCUGCCCCUGAUCGAUACCUCCAAGACGCUGAUCCACGAGGUCUGUCCAGCUUACCUGAGCGACGUCGAAUGCCGCGCAGGAAAGUACCGACGUCACGACGGUCUCUGCACGAACCUGAAGAACCCGACCUGGGGCGCGACCUUAACACCUUUCCAGAGAAUAUUGACUCCUCGAUUCGCGGACGGUUUAACGGCGCCGAGAAUAUCAGUGACCGGUCAUGAUCUGCCUCUGUCGCGGAUCGUGUCGCGGACCAUGCAUCCCGACGAGGGCUACCACGAUCACGCGGGGACGGUUAUGGUGAUCGCCUGGGGACAGUUCAUGGACCACGACUACACGCUGACUGGAACCCCUCUAGAUCCCCUGAACCGAAACGAUCCCGAGGAAUGCUGCCAUCGGCCACCGCACCUGAAGAAUCCUUACUGCAACGAGAUUCACAUACCGGAAGACGAUUAUUUCUACAGGCUGUUCAACGUGAAGUGCAUGGAUUUCGUUCGCGCGUUCCCCGCCGUUCGACCUGGCUGCCGCCUUGGAUCACGUAUACCAUUUAAUCUUCUCACCGGAGUGCUGGAUGGGAACACUAUCUAUGGAAUCACGGAAACGUUUGGCAGGAAACUGCGUACUGGAUACGGAGGACUGUUACGUAUGAACCCGGUGUUCUCGGAGUACGGGCUGAAGGAUCUGUUGCCGCUCAAACUGGACAUUCCGGACGAGGGUUGCACCAGACCGAAUCGAUCGAUGUACUGCUUCGAAGCAGGUGAGAUAAGAGUGAACGAGCAAUUGGUGUUGACUUGUAUGCACACCUUAAUGGCGAGGGAGCAUAACAGGAUCGCGAAGAGUCUGAAUCAGAUCAAUCCGCACUGGGACGACGAGACGUUGUUCCAGGAAGCAAGAAGGAUCGUGAUCGCGGUGAUUCAGCACAUCACAUACAACGAAUUCUUGCCCAUUUUGCUUGGGAAGGACGUAAUGGAGAAAUUUGGACUGCUACUCGAGAGAAAUGGACACUGGGACGGCUACGAUGAUAGCGUGAAUCCAGCAGUGAUAGACGCGUUCGCGGCUGCAGCCUUCAGGUUUGGCCACUCGUUGCUGCCAACGGCGGUCGAAAGAUGGAGCAAAGCUCACAAAUUUAUAGCUUCCAAGAGACUGUCAGACUUGAUCAGAAGACCAUAUGAUUUGUAUCGAGCCGGUGUCUUCGACGAAUACAUUAUGGGACUGAUGAACCAAGUUGCUCAAGCUAUGGACGAUUCCAUCACGCAAGAAGUUACCAAUCACUUAUUCAAAAAAGCCGGAGCCAAGUUUGGACUGGAUUUGGUUUCCUUCAAUAUGCAACGUGGUCGUGAAUUUGGUAUACCAAGUUACAUGGAGUUCAGGAAAUUCUGUGGCCUUCCUUGGGCAGAUACGUUCGAGGAACUCUUCGGCUCCAUGCCAAACGAGACCAUCAGACGCUACAGCUCCAUAUUCGAACACCCGGCCGACGUCGAUCUCUGGUCGGGCGGUGUGUCCGAGAGGCCACUUCCGGGUAGCAUGCUCGGACCAACCUUCGCCUGUGUAAUUGCCACGCAAUUCAGCUAUUCGCGUCGCGGCGACCGAUUUUGGUAUGAGCUGCCGAACCAGCCGUCGUCCUUCACCAACGAACAACUGAACGAGAUUCGGAAAGUGAAGCUCGCCAGAGUGAUCUGCGACAAUACCGAUCUGAUCGACAGCAUACAGAUCUACCCAAUGGUCUUGCCCGAUCACGAAAUAAACCCCCGAGUUCCCUGUCGAAGCGGAAUCCUUCCAGGCAUGGAUCUGACCAAAUGGGCCGACUAUCCGACGUCGAAUCACGCGCAAUACGUGAGUAAUCCAGCGGGCCACUAUCAACCGUACGGAAAGUAA